AUGGGUACCGUUUUACUUACUGGAGCUAACGGCUCUAUUGGCCUUCACGUGACGGAGGAACUUUUGAAAACAUCACCUGAGCUGACACUCGUCCUGACUGUUCGGCAAACAGAGGAUAAGAACACUGCUAGGCUUAAUGAUGUGAUAUCCAAAUAUACCAAUGCCAAAACCUUCAUUCACAAACUUGAUCUUGCCGACCUUUCAGCAGUCCAUAGCUUUACCGGUAAGAUUCUUUCCAGCGUCGCGUCUGGUCAGCUUCCGCACAUAGGAGUCAUUAUUUGCAACGCGAUGUACUGGAAUCUUGUUUCCGAUCCGGAGAUAACUGUUGAUGGGUAUGAUAAGACCUUUCAGGUUGGGCAUAUCGCCCAUGUUGCUCUCGUUCUUCGGCUACUCGGUUCCUUCGAUAAAAGCAUCGGCGGCCGCGUUGUCUUGAUGUCGAGCCAGAAUCAUUACCCCGGGAAGAGCCAAAUGGAGAAGAUACCCCCCAAGAUUCCUUCAGACAUGAGCAAACUUGUACACACAAGUCCUGCCGACGACUCACAUGUCGACCACAAUGCUCGAGGGUUCGAGAUAUACAGUAACAUGAAGCUCGCAGCGGUAGCAUGGAUGCAUGCGCUCAACCAGCACUUGGAGAAGGAUCCUGCGCUCCAGAAAAUUACUGUUGUUGCCAUUGACCCUGGUGUUAUCUGCGAUUCGCGAGCCUUCACAACAAACACGCCGAGCUCCAUUAUCAACAUGCAAAAAUACGUGCUUCGACCAUUUUCACCGCUAUGUCGACUAGUUGGGAUCAAAGGCUUUCGCACCUCGGCGCAGGCUGCCGUUGAUGUUGCCCAGCUAGCCAUCAACAGAGCUCAACCCAAUGCCAGAGGCUACUUCACGCUCCUUAACAAAGACGCAACCGCCCCUCAAAGCUUGGAACGAGAGAUACAGCAACGGCAUCCUUCCAUGUGCAAUGGAUAA